GAAACGACAUUAUAUCGCGAUUCUACGAGCUUCAAGGUGUAGGUGAGAUCGGUGAAUCAUUUUGUGAAAGAGAAAUAUUCAUUUCUUAUACACAGUGCCCCCGGUAAUAGGAAAAAUUUUGUUUUACUCAUUUUUGUCCAUAAAUGGUAUACCGAAGCCGCUUUUGGUGAUUAGUUAGAUAAGAUUAUUGUUGUGCUUUGUAACUGCUAGUUUCGUUUCAUUUUUCACAUACGAUGGAUAGACAAAGUUUUUUGACAAUUGACCAUCUACCCACAGAGGUUCUCGACAAAAUAUUCUCGUACCUGACAUUUUACGAUGUGAAAGCAGUAAAAGGUGUCUGCCGCCGAUGGCUGGACAUAACGCUACAUUCGUCCUACACCAGACACAACAAAAUAAAUAUUCGAAAUUUCAAAUUUCUGCCACGGGAUAUGGGAGAAAGGCCGGAUGAUAGUGUCGCUGGCUUAUCGUUCAUAUACCAAACAGUGAAGCUCAAUUACAAAGAAUAUGCACACAGCGAAUACGAUGAAUUUGAACGGAGUGUUAAGCUGUUCAUGAAAUUCAAUGGGGAGAAUGUGAAGAAUUUAACGCUCAUCGAUUUCCAUGCUACGAAAGAGCCGCGACUGUACAAACUAUGCAGCGAAAUUAUCGAUGCAACUCCAAAUUUAGAGAGUCUCUGCUUGAACAAUACCCAAUUUGAUCGUCGAUUGUUUCUGAACGAAACUAACGAGACGAAUCGCGGUGCUCGGAACCUUAAACAGUUGUCAUUAGUACCGUGGAGUUUGCGUUUAGUCGAAUAUGAUCAAUUGGAGGACUUAGAAAAGAACUGCCCCAAAUUGCUGGGCUUGACUUGGCUUAACGCCCACACAUUUUUAGACGAUAAGGCUCUAGCAUUUUUCAGAUCUAUCUCUCGUCGCUUGAAAACAUUGAAAAUUCAUAAUGUGCUUGCGGAGGACCUGAUGCUGGAGAAAAACUUCCCAGUUUUAAGCGAAUUUCGAUUGAUAUCGCUGGACAUAAAGUUCGACACGAGCGUUGUGCCGGAAUAUAUGUUCGCAAAAUUCGUAGAAUUCAUAAACAAUCAAAAGGACACAUUGACAGACCUAACAUUGUACUGUUCGGAUGUCAUGAUGCAGUAUCUGAAUAGAGUUUACAGUACUCUCACCAAACUAGAACCUGAAAAUCGUUUACGAUGGAGUCGAUGUGGUUGAUUUGGCAAGUGUGUUAUCGCAACCGAGACAAUUGAAGGUGCUACAGAUGACCAGCGACUUUACGAAUGUGGUGCAGCCAACGCAGAACAAUUUGAAAUUCUUGAAUUGCAACGUAUGUGCUUAUCCUCAAUUCCUGACUGUAAUCAACCAUUUUACGAACUUAGUGGCCCUACGUGUUAUUCUGAUCACAUUGCCCACACUGAAUGCGCUGUCCACAUUUUACAGCUCAUUAUCCAGGCUAAAAUACAUCUACUUGGAAA